UUCCGGUUUUGAUGCAACAACGUGUUUCUCCACAAAACACAAAUUUAGCCCUAAUUCAGUGAUUUUAGGCAUGUGAUCAUGACUAACAAAUUACCUAGCAAUCUACCGCAACUCCAAAAUCUAAUCAAACGUGAUCCAAAUUCAUACAAAGAUGAGUUCAUGCAGCAAUACAACCAUUACCAGUCCAAUUUACAAAUCUUCUUACUGCGGCCGUCUCAGUACUCCAAGACCUUAUCAGAACUAGUAAUCUUCCUUAGUCAGGUUGCUCAUUGUUAUCACGAAGAACUUUCAGAGUAUCCACAGGAACUAAGAGACUUGCUACACCAACAUGCUACAGUUCUAGACAGUGACAUGAGAUCUACUUUGUGUAAGGCUCUGAUCUUACUGAGGAACAAAGGUCUGAUACCUGCUGUCAGUGUUUUGGAGCUCUUCUUUGAACUCUUUAAAUGCCAAGACAAACUGCUGAGGAAGACUCUUUACACCUAUAUAGUACAGGACAUCAAGAAUGUGAAUGCCAAACAUAAGAAUGCAAAAUUAAAUACGACUCUUCAGAAUUUCAUGUACACCAUGCUCAGAGAUAGUAAUGCUAUAGCGGCUAAAAUGUCUCUGGAUGUAAUGGUUGAACUGUACAGACGUAAUGUGUGGAAUGAUUCCAAGACUGUGAAUGUCAUCACAACUGCUUGUUUCUCGAAGGUUACAAAGAUUUUGGUUGGAGCCCUUCAGUUUUUCCUCGGAAGAGAUGAAGCUGAUGAAGUAUUGAGUGACAGUGAAUCUGAUUCGGAACAGAAGACAGAAAAAGAGCUUCUCCUUGGACACAGGGUUGGUAAGAAGUCGAAAAAACGACAGAAAAAGUUGGACAGGGCUUUGAAAGUAUUGAAGAAAAACAAGAAAAAGAAAAAAGUCCAGCCAUUUAACUUCUCCGCCCUUCACCUGAUUCAUGACCCACAAGGCUUUGCUGAGAAAUUAUUUCGACAGUUGGAGAGCAGUAAUGAGAGAUUCGAAGUGAAAGUCAUGAUGAUCAACUUGGUUUCACGACUAAUUGGAAUCCAUCAACUCUUCUUGUUGAAUUUUUAUCCCUUCCUCCAGAGGUUCCUUCAGCCACAUCAAAGAGAUGUGACAAAGUUACUUACCUACGCUGCUCAGUCAUGUCAUGAGUUGGUCCCUCCAGAUGCUAUGGAACCAGUGAUGAUGGCAGUCGCAAAUAAUUUUAUCACAGAGAGAAAUUCAGGAGAAGUCAUGGCUGUGGGGUUAAAUGCUGUGAGGGAAAUCUGUGCCAGGUGUCCAUUGGCCAUGGAUGAGGAUUUACUGCGGGAUCUUGUUCAGUAUAAAAACCACAAAGACAAAAGCGUGAUAAUGGCUGCCAGGUCACUGAUACAGUUGUUUAGGACGACCGGUUCACAUUUAUUGCAUAAGAAGGACAGAGGCAGACCAACAGAAGCUGCAAAAGAAGCCUCAUCAUUAGUGUACGGGGACGUGGACAGGAAAGACUACAUUCCUGGGGCUGAGGUGCUCAAGACUGUUGAGGAGAUUGAAAAGGAAAAACAAGACCAAGAUGAAUGGAGCUCAGACUCUGAGGAAGAAGAGGAGGCAGAUGAUGACAGUGAUGGCUGGGUUGAUGUGCAUCAUUCAUCAGAUGAGGAACCAGAGGUGACAGAAGAAAUGAACGCAAUGGCCCCCGAAGACAAAGUAGCGAAAGCAAAGGAUGUGACUCAAUCUCGUAUUUUGUCUCAAGAUGAGUUCAAACAGAUCAGAGUGAGGCAGAUGGCGAAAGAAAUGGACACAGAUAAGAAUCCAUCUAAUAAACGUAAACGGGAACCGUUAGAUGUGGAGCAAUUGGAAAGGGGAGAGAUAGUUAGAUUAGACGACAUUGAGCGUGUUCACAAGAAAAGAGCUCAUGAUUACAAGUCAAGACUUGCCACAGUCAUGGCUGGACGGGAAGGUCGUGAGAAGUUUGGUAAAUGGAAGGACACGAAGAUGAACCCGCAUGCAAGUACGACGAAUAAACAGAAGAAAAAGAAUCAGAACUUUAUGAUGAUCAAACACAAAGUGCAGAAAAAACAGAAAAGAUCAUUUAGAGACAAACAGCUGGCUCUGAAACAUUCCCUGCUGAAGAAAAUGAAGAAUAAGAUGCGAUAGGGAAAGGAAGAGACUGAGUAACUGUUAACUGUAAACCCCUUUUUUUUAAACUUAAUAGUUUGUGGUUGUGGCAUCAGGCAGUACAAUCUCAAAAAUUCGGGUCUUCAACAUGUUUAACGGUUUUGUCGUUAAAGUUAAUAAAAAGUCGAUUAUUUA